CGGAUAUGUGCAAAUGCAUGGUCUUUUAAUAAUCUAAUCAUAAUCCAAAUCCUAAUCAUGCGCAUCAUAUAACCUCUUUUCUUCACAGUUUUACUUUAUUUCUUCUUUUCUUCUUUGCAGGCGAUUCAAAUUUACACAAGUCCUUUUCAGCCUGUUUAACGGGUUUUCCAGUUAAAAUUAGGGUUACUCAAGCAUGGAGAAGAAGACGUUGCUGUAUCUGCCACAUGAACUGAUAAUUAAAAUACUUCUAAGAUUGCCAGGAAAAUCUCUUAUAUGUUUCAAGUGUGUUUGUAAGUUAUGGUAUUCUCUUAUCUCUAAUCCCCACUUUGCAAAUUUACAUUUUCAACUUGCCACACACACACGUAGAAUUAUGUGUGUAUCAAAUUCUCCUACUGAAUUUUGUUCUAUAGAUUUUGAAGCAUUUCUUAACUAUGAUCCUCAUCCUGUUUCAUUCAACAUCAAUUUUUCACUUCCCCGAUUUCGUUUUCCUGUUGAAAUUAAUGGGUCUUGUAGAGGGUUUAUAUGUUUGUACAGUCGUCCAAACAUCUUCAUAUGGAAUCCAUCAACUGGAUUUAAAAAACAAAUACCUUUGUCUCCCUUUGUUUCCAAAGUAGUAACAAAUCAUAUAUACGGUUUCGGUUAUGACCGGUCAAGAGAUGAUUACUUGGUUGUUGUGUUGUCCAAUGAUCCAACUGUUGCUAAUAAUGUUGUUUCAUCACAUUUGGAGUUUUUCUCAAUUAGAGAUAAUAGGUGGAAAGAAAUUGAGGGUCCUCACUCUCCUUAUGAUGGUUAUAACGGUAAAGGGUUGCUCUUUAAUGGGGCUAUUCAUUGGUUGGCUGGUCGUCUUAAUAUUAAAAUAGAUGUUAUUGUUGCCUUUGAUUUAAUGGAUAGGAAAUUGUUUGAGAUACCUUUGCCAGAUUAUUUUCACCAAGUUUCUGUUUUUGAUAUGUGGGUAUUUGGAGAAUUUUUCAGUCUAUGGGCUAGGGAUUGUAGGAAGGGUACAAUUGAAGUUUGGGUGAUGAAAGAAUACAAAUUGAAUUCGUCUUGGACUAAGACGCUUGUUCUUCCUCUGUCCAAUUUCUCUAUCUUUAACCCUAUAUGCUCUAACAAUAAUGGUGAUAUUAUAGGAACAAGCCAAUGGAGUAGAUUGGUGAAAUCUAACAAUAAAGGACAAUCUUUGGAGUUUCGCUCCUUUCGUAACGGUCCACAUGACAUUGUCAUGUAUACAGAGUCGCUGCUUUCACUCCCUGGUGACAAUGAGCAAUAUUAUAAAGUAGAAGAUUGAGGUUGUGAAUUAUCCUCCUCCAUUGUUUUAUAUGAUUAUUUAUAAGGCAAGUUCUAAUUAACAUGAACAAGUGCACCAUAUUGUGGAUUAUCCUCCUCCAUUGUUAUAUUGUAUUAUUGUCAUUCCUUGAUUAUUGAUUACUCAUGAGUCUUGGAACCUUUUAUGAGAUAAACUUGAUUCAGAUUCAGAGCAUUUUGGGUCCUGAGUUCUAUUCAGAGCAUUUUGGGU